AUGAAAGGGAGCCGAAACCCGUGCUGUCCCGGGCUGCGGAGUCCGGACGACGACUCCCAACCACAACGUGGCUCCUGGGUCGUUUCCCAUGAAGGAAUCCUGAAGAGCCCCAAGUUCUCCCAGUUCCUCAGAAAUGCCUUGGAGUGGCUCAAGCCUUGCCCCGAGGCCCUGGUUGGGGUUCAUCCUCGGCUGGAUUCCCUGUCCCAGGUGCUGCUCGGGGCUGGCACCCGAGUGCAGGUGGGAGCGGGGCCCAGCCCAUCCAUGGGGGUGUUCUGUAUGGACGCCUACGACAGCUCCCAGGCCAAAGGCAUCGUGGACUUUGUCAAAGGGGGUGGGGGGCUGCUUGUUGGAGGCCAAGCCUGGUACUGGGCCAGUCAGCACGGCAAGGAGAAGGUGCUGUUCGAAUUCCCUGGGAACCAGGUGACCAGCGUGGCUGGCGUGUACUUCACAGGAAACACCGUGGAAAAAGGCAUCUUCAAAGUGGCCAAGAAGAUUCCCAAGAUCCCAUUAGUUGUUCCGUGAGUAUCUGAACUGCUCUCUCUUUAAACCACCAGUGAGGUUAUGCAAGUGAGUUGUUUGUAGAAGAUUUGGGAGGUCAGAGGUGAGGGUGAUGGUGAAUACUGGUUCUUUCAUAACCAGGAUGGAAUUGUUGCCUUCCAACUUAAAGGGGACCUUCCCAUUCUUUGGAAUUGGAAAGAAUGCUGUUUCCAACUGCUUCCAGGGAAGUAGGACCAGGUCCAGGGAAUCCAUUCUAAGA